CGCCGUAGAUUCAAAGCAUACAUUCUUGGGGAGCAUGGUGAUACUUCAGUUGCUCUUUGGUCAAGUAUAAGUAUCGGAGGAGUACCGGUGUUGAGUUUCUUGGAGAAACAACAGAUAGCUUAUGAGAAACACACCCUAGAGAAAAUACACAAAGCUGUGAUAGAUGGAGCUUACGAGGUUAUAAAUUUGAAAGGUUAUACCUCAUGGGCGAUUGGGUACUCUGCAGCUAGUUUGGCUAGAGUACUAUUGAGAGAUCAGAGGAAGAUCCAACCGGUAUCAGUUCUUGCUAAAGGUUUUUAUGGAAUUGAUGGUGGAGAUGUGUUUCUCAGUUUACCUGCUCAACUUGGUAGAGAUGGAGUUUUGGGUGUAAUUGACUUGCACUUGAACGAUGAAGAAAGGCAGCGGUUACAAGAGUCUGCUAAGACCAUCUUGGAGAUCCAAACACAGCUUGGAAUCUAACAUGAGAAAUACAUAAAAGAGAAAAGGGUGACUGAGCUCCUUCAGGCUUCAAGAGAUUUAUUGGGUUUUCUAAUUUUAUUUUGUUGUUGUCAGACCUCUCUUCCUAGUGUUUACAAUGUAUGAGUUAUUAUAGUAGCUUAAGUAUGCAUUUACUUUGUUGAUCGAAAAAAUUCAAGUUACUUUCAUAUACAUAUCUUAUGUAUGAGUUAUUAUAGGAGCAAAUUGUUUACUAGGGUUCUCUUUU